AUGGGUCGUCGAAGACAAAGAGAAAGCGUUUGGAUUCAGUGUGUCGCGUUGCUUUGUUUAUUUGACUGGUCUGCAGCGCAGAUCUCUUACUCCGUUUCAGAGGAGGUGGACAAAGGCACGUUUGUGGGGAAUCUCGCUAAGGAUUUAAACCUUAAAGUACAGGAACUGGAGUCGAGGGGUCUAAGGAUUGUAUCGGGACACAGUAAGAGCUAUUUUGAUGCGAAUCUGAAAACAGGAGUACUGUUCGUUAACGAGAGAAUAGACAGAGAGGAGCUUUGUCCGAAUACGGUAAAGUGCUCUCUAAAUAUAGAGGCCAUAUUGAGCCAUCCUAUGCUUCUCCACCGCAUUGAGGUGAAUAUUUUAGACAUCAAUGACAAUUCUCCGUCAUUCAUUAAAAAGGUUGCUACUUUUAACAUAUCUGAAUCUUCAUACCCCGGCGAGCGAUACCCACUACCAAUAGCGAAUGACGCAGAUACCGGCAGUAACUCGGUAAAGAGCUACAAGCUGAGCCCGAAUGAACACUUUUCCCUGGAUGUACAGAGCGGUGGAGAGCAGAGUGUGUCUGCUGAGUUAGUGCUGCAGAAAGCUUUAGACCGAGAGAAACAGCCUGUGAUCCAGCUCACACUGACCGCUGUAGAUGGAGGAAAACCUCCACAAUCCGGAACGUUGCCUAUUGUUGUAAAUGUCAUAGAUUCUAAUGAUAAUUCACCCUCAUUUAGCAAGCCGCUGUAUAAGGUCAGUGUGCUUGAGAAUAUACCUUUUGGGACCACAGUCUUAAAACUCAGUGCUACUGAUUUAGACGAAGGACUACAUAGUAAACUUGUGUAUUCAUUCGUUGAGCGUGGGAAUCUGAAUCCUGCUGAUAUAUUUGCCCUAAAUCCAGACACUGGGGAAAUGACUGUAAAGGCGAAUUUGGAUCAUGAAGCAAAUGCUGCGUAUGAAAUCCGGGUGCAAGCAACUGACCAAGGUCCCUCACCCCGCAGUGGUUAUUCUAAAGUGUUGGUAGAAGUUAUUGAUGUCAACGACAAUGCCCCUGAAGUCUCGGUGACGUCACUUAUGAGCCCAGUGAAAGAGGAUAGUGAAAUGGGGACAGUGGUCGCCUUGGUAACUGUGAUAGAUAAAGAUGGAGGGAAAAACGGCCUCACCAACUGUAAACUUGUUGGCUCUGUUCCUUUUAAAUUAAAGUCGAACUAUAAAAACUAUUUUUCGUUAGUGGUAGACGGGCCUCUUGACAGAGAGAGCACUGCUCAGUACAAUGUCACUGUCACAGUUACGGAUGGAGGGACCCCGCCUCUCUCCAGCACCAGCGUUAUUACUGUGCGCGUUUCUGAUGUGAAUGACAACGCUCCUCGCUUCUCAGAACCCAUUAUAAAUAUUUAUGUCAAAGAGAACAGUCCGGUAGGUGACGUCAUUUAUACGAUGUCUGCUUUUGAUCCAGAUUCAGAUGAAAAUGCAAAGAUGACGUAUUCAUUAUUAGACACAAGUGUUUCAAUAUCAUCUUCUGUAAAUAUAAACUCAGAUACAGGAGAUAUAGUCAGUCUUCAGUCUUUUAACUAUGAGGAGAUAAAAACAUUCAGUUUUAAAGUUCAGGCUACAGACUCUGGUGUUCCUCCGCUCUGCAGCAACGUGACUGUGAACGUUUUUAUUCUGGAUGAGAAUGACAACAGUCCUGGGAUUCUCGCGCCCUAUUCUGAUCACGGCUCCGUUAACAAUGAGAACAUUCCCUAUUCUGCUGAAGCGGGCUACUUUGUGGCCAAGAUCAGGGCUGUAGACUCCGACUCUGGCUACAAUGCGCUGCUUUCUUAUCACAUCUCUGAGCCCAAGGGAACCAACCUCUUCCGAAUCGGAACCAGCACCGGGGAACUAAGGACUAAGAGGCGAAUGAGUGACAAUGACCUGAAAACUCACCCGUUGGUGGUGUUGGUUUCUGAUAACGGAGAACCCUCACUGUCAGCGACUGUGUCUAUUGAUGUAGUGGUGGUUGAAAGUACAGGUGAAAUCCAGACUCAUUUCAAAAACGUACAGAGAAAGGACGAGAGCUUCUCUGAUUUAAACCUGUAUUUGCUGAUCGCCAUUGCCUCGGUGUCAGUGAUAUUUUUCCUGAGCCUGAUCAGUUUAAUCGCUGUAAAAUGCUUCAGGACAGACGACAGUUUCAAAAGGUACGGCGCCCCAGUGAUCACCACACACCCUGACGGGAGCUGGUCUUACUCUAAAUCUACUCAGCAGUAUGACGUGUGUUUCAACUCAGACACACUGAAGAGUGACGUAGUGGUUUUCCCCGCACCGUAUCCACCUGCAGAUGCAGAACUGAUCAGUAUUAAUGGAAAUGACACGUUUGACAGGACUCAGACAUUACCCAACAAGGAGAAACCGUUUUUGAUCUCUGCUGAUUGGGGCACUGUUUUUUUUUACGACAUGACUGUGUGA